AUGGUACCCUUUGUAACUUUACUUAUGUGUGUUUGGUGUUUAGUGAUUGGCAGUACAAAAGCUGAUGAUAUAGAGAAUGGCAUUGGUCACGAGUACUUUAAGAAGUUCCAGAUCAAACCCAAUGGACUAACCGAAAGUGUCAGUCUGAAGAGAGGGAAAGUGGAAUGCACUUUUGAGUGGGCGACAACUGGAGGCACCGACGAG